AUGGCCUCGAACCCCAAUCCAGCCGGGGCGGAGACUUGGGCUUGUCCGAAAUGCCCGAGGAGUGGAUUCAAGUCCCAGGGCGCUGUCAGGACGCACUUCAUGGCCAAGGGCCACGAUCUCCAUUGCACAAUUUGCAACAAGGAGUUUCAAACCGCCAAGAGCUUCAUUACACACCAGAAGCAACAUCUCAAUUCCGACAAAUCUUCGCUUCCACCCACACGGGCCGGUGUGACGACUGCGGCCUCACUUCCUAAGAAGCCACAGAUCACAGUGAACUCUCUUCAGCCCUCAGGUUCAAAACGUCAACUUUCAUCACAUAAACUUCCUAGGCGUCCGGCUACAAAAAAGCCCCAGGUUCUCCAACAUGAGCUUGAUGAACUUCCUCAGCGCCCAGCCACGACGCCUAUGGUCCAGGAUGGGCCAAAGCAAAAGCCCAAAUCUCGGCAGAACCGUUCAAAGUCUCCGGUUUCAAAGAACGAAAUCUUUCCGCAUCCACUUCCUGAGCGCCCGGCCGUGGAUUAUGCACGCCAGGACAUGCUUCCUCGAAUAAACCAAGCGGUUCAAAACCGUUCAAAGCCUCUGUCAAAGGGUCCGGCUCCAAUGGUAGGACUUGCAAUGUGGCUCCCGACAUCGGGCUCUGUCGCCGUGGUUCAAGAAUCCCGUACAGAUCUCUUUCAGGCUCAGUCGAUACAUCGUCAUGUCAUUCUUCAAGUUCAGGAGCAAGACGUGGUGUUUCAAGAGCUGUGGAUAAGAUGCCACUCACUUCAACUCCUCGUCGUGGAGGGCUACAACCUUGGUCCUUUCUUUGCUCCCAAGAAAAUACCCGAAAAGCCUCAUUACAAGAAUGCCAGGAAGACGAACGAUAGAAAAGGUCCUCCUCCAGCACCCGUUAUUCCGUUAACAAGCUUCGUGGUCACACCUCAGCAGCUACCAAAUCAAUCCCAGAAAAGAAGAAGGGCUGUCGUGCUUGAUUGUGAGAUGGUGCAGGUAGAGGGGAACUGCAGAGAACUAGCAUACCUAACUGCAGUUGACUUCCUCACUAACGAGAUUCUCAUCGACAACUACGUGCAACCGACAAAGCGAGUCUGGAGCUGGAACACAAGAUAUAGUGGAAUCUCCUGCGCCGAAAUGAAUCGUGCCCGUGCAGAAGGGCGAGCAUUGAAUGGAUGGCAACAUGCUCGACAGGUCUUGUGGGAAUAUGUGGAUGCAGACACCGUGCUCAUGGGCCAUUCUCUCCAAAACGAUCUCAAGGUCCUGGGCUUCUACCAUUCCAGGAUUGUGGAUUCUCAAAUCCUCACCUCCGAGGCUGUCAGCAUUCUUCUCCCUUCAGACAUGGCCCUGACCCGCAGAUGGGGAUUGAAGACUCUUGCUAAAGAGCUCCUGGAAGAUGACAUUCAAGUCGGUAAAAAGGGACACAGCGCUUUGGAAGAUACCCUUGCCACAAGAGACGUUGUCAUUUGGUGCCUAAGAAACAGAGAACUCCUCGAGGCAUGGGCGAAGAGGAACCGAGACGAAGAGGUGCGCAAGAUUCUGGCAGCGAGGAAGAAGACCGAAGAGAACAGAAAGAAGAAGUUGGAGGAGGAAAAGAAAAAGGAAGAGGAGGCUGAAAGGAUCCUCCAGGCCAUGAAUGCUUAA